AAAACAACCCGCUUCCGCUCUCUGAGGACUGCGCUUCCGGCAGAGAGCGCAUUAUCUCCGUCUUCACGCUCGCUUGUCUUGUUAUGGUGCGGGACACACCUUCAGCCUGUCCGGAGCGUCUCUGAGGCUCAGUAGAUCUGAUCUGGAGAUGGAGAUGGAGAUAUCUGAGGAGGCGGAAGACGGAGAGCGCAGAUGGGAACUCUGGAAGCUUCUGUCCAGCCUGAAGACGACUGUAGAGGGGCUGCUGUCCACCAACAACCCCAACGUGUGGUCCCGCUACGGGGGUCUGCAGCGCCUGCACAAGGACAUGAACAACGUCCUGGGCCACGGCCUCAGACACGAGCAGACUUACUAUAAACAGAAAGACUACUGGCGUUUCGUGUGGUGUGUGCGGUAUCUCUGUCCUCAUCUGGCCCGUCACGUGGAGCAGUUCAGUCAGCUGGAGCCGGUGUUGAGCAGCGGUGUUCAGAGCGUCGGCGAGGGUUAUAAAGCCGAGCGGUGGCUUCUACACAGCCUGCAAGCUCACAUCUUAUCUGCCCAGCUCAAACCGCUGCUGCAGCAUAGGACAAACACACAGAAAUAUUACAAUGACGGGGCCUUCCUGUUGAGUGAAGCACACGUGUGUGCCAUGUUUCAGUGUCUGGAGGCCGUCGAGCAGAACAACCCUCGGCUGCUGGCUCUCAUAGACACCGGCAGGCUUUCACGUGUGAAAGAGUCUCCGUUUGGUUUGCUGAAGAGUCAGAGUAUGUGUGUGCUGCCCGGGGUCACAGGAAGCUGGAGGCCUGCAGACAGUUCGCAGUCCCGCCGGCUCACCACGUCCCAGAUCUGCCUUACAGAGAGUCCCACCACCCCACAGUCCAAGAGCAGCUCAGAUGACUCUCCGUUCAUCAGUACUCAGGGAGCUCCAUGGGUGUGCGGCAGAAGACACCAGGACGCAGGAGUCCCCCAGAUCUCCUUCACUGAGCCCGCCUCACCCGCUCCACCCGAGAUCCGGGAUUGUGUGGAAGCGGAUCUGGAUGACGGCCCGGAGUACCUGGCUAUCGGUAAUCUGGGGAAGCACAAGCGGCGCGACUCGUCCAGCUCCACUCAGAGCAGUGAGCACAUGGGGACCCAGGGCGACGCCCACACUCCUUUGGCUCCGCCCCCACAGCGCAGCUGCUCCUUCUCAGGGUCUCAGAGGACCACAGGGCGGAGCUCGAGGGGCCACAUCCGCUCUCUCUCAGACACCGGCGUCACACAGAAGCAGAAACAUGGAGGGAAUCACAGGAAAAUCACCAUUAUUAUCGAGGACCCCGUCGCAGAAUCUGUCGCGGCUACACCAAUUUCAAAGAGUUGUGGUCCUUUCUCACCCCAGAGCAGCGACAGCAGCACCAACAGUUCAGUUUAUAUGGAGUCUAACGGCAGCCAGAACAACGGCGUCCCAGACGGAUUGUUUCGCAGACCGUCCGAGGGCCAGAGUCUGAUCAGCUACCUCUCCGAGCAGGACUUUGGCAGCUGUGCAGAUCUGGAGAAGGAAAACGCCCACUUCAGCAUCUGCGAGUCUCUGAUCGCGGCCAUCGAGCUGAUGAAGUGUAACAUGCGCAGGCCAGAGGAGGCGGAGGACGAGGGCGACAGCGAUACGGAAAUCCAGCAGCUCAAACAGAAGAUCCGUCUGCGCAGACUGCAGAUACGCCACACGCGCAUGAAGCCACCGGCCUCCUCUAGUAAUCAAAUCCCAUCUGUGGAUAGUGGUGGCUCACGGAGGAGCUCCCAGGAUUCCUUUCACCCCUCUGACUCCGGCUCGGAUAGAGAUGUGGAGGAUAUUGAGCUCAAAGAUGGCAGUGAUGGUCAGUCCCUGCUGGCGGUGUCUCAGAGCGGCCUGUCCCUGUCACUCGCCUCCCUCUUCUCAGAUGCAGACAUCAAACGCAGUGUGUCCAGCAGCAGAUCCUUCCUCAGCUCAGACUCCAUCUCUCCAUCCAUGUUACAGUCCAACUCGGCAGAGUCAGUGGCGAUGGGUCUCCUCAGACAGUUUGAGGGCAUGCAGCUGCCCGCCGCCUCAGAGCUUGACUGGCUGGUUCCAGAGCAUGACGCCCCUCAAAAACUCCUUCCAAUACCAGAUUCUCUUCCCAUUUCACCUGACGAUGGCGAACACGCUGACAUUUACAAACUGCGCAUCAGAGUUCGAGGAAAUUUGGAGUGGGCUCCUCCUAGACCACAGAUCAUCUUCAACGUUCACUCUGCUCCAAAGAGGAAAGUGGUGGUGGCGAAACAGAACUACCGCUGCGCUGGCUGUGGCAUUCGCAUCGAUCCAGACUACAUCAAGAGGCUGAGGUACUGUGAGUAUCUGGGCCGCUACUUUUGCCAGUGCUGUCACGAGAACGCACAGUCUGUAGUGCCAGGAAAGAUCCUCAGGAAGUGGGACUUCAGUAAAAGCUACGUCAGCAACUUUUCCAGGGACUUGCUGGCUAAGAUCGCAGGAGAUCCUCUCUUCAACCUAAACGACAUCCACAGCGCCCUGUACAAGAAAGUCAAAGCCCUGGAAACAGUGCGCGCAUUGAGGGAACAGUUGUACCACAUGAAGAAUCUCUUAAAAACGUGCCGUUUGGCUCAAGAGGUGCGGCAUCAGUUUGACACUCUUCCUGGACAUCUGACCGAAGACUUUCACCUGUUCUCUCUCAGUGACCUCACGGCUGUCCGCAGCGGCAGUCUGGCACCAAAGCUGCGUGACCUGCUCCGCCUCGGCUCCAGACACAUCACGGACUGCGUGCUCUGCCAGGCCAAGGGCUUCAUUUGUGAGUUCUGUGGAAAUGACAAAGACAUUUUCUUCCCCUACGAGCUCGGCAAGUGCCUGCGCUGUGAAGAUUGUCAUGCGUGCUAUCAUAAGACCUGCUUUAAGGGAGGGAAGGAGUGUCCUCGCUGUCUGAGACUCGCUGAGAGGAGAAAGCGGAUGGCUUGCAAGAACAUGGAGGAGCAGGAGGACAGAGAGGCACACGAGGCCAGCGGGACCUAACACACAAUGCCAGUAAGAUUUAACAAGAGCACAGCACAACAGUGAAUGUAGGGACUGAUUUUCAGCCAUGUUUCUUGAUUCACGUCCCAAAUAAGCUGCUCUUAAAGUCAUACUGACUACAGCAUAAUGGAUCAUUAACGCUAAAGACUUUUAUAUGCAAGGAAAAUGUUUCUGCUUUUAACAACUGCUGCCUUCGGAUAUAAAAUGAUAUCCUGUUUUUUUACUAUUUGCCAUGUUUUUGUUUGUUUGUUGCCUCCGUCCUUAAAAAUCCAAUUGGUUUUAAUCAACAGACUGUCGUCUCCUGUGUCCUAAACUGUUUUUUGUGUAGGGAUUUGUGUGUCUUGUUCUUGUCUGUCUGCUCUCUGUUGGUUAUAUUGAAGCGUUUAACCUGUUGCGUGCCCCUUUAAUGGCUCUUUGUUUGAGAGAGAGAACUGAACUGGGCAGCUGAGGUCCAGCGGGUUUUGCACAACCUUUGUUUCCCGAGAGGUUUCUAGAAGUGCCAGGUUCCAGCUUACUGUGUUAAUGAUCAAAGCUACUAAAACAAAAGGCCUCAUUCGUCAAAUGCGAGCCAGAAGAAUUUGUUAAUUUGUAAAUAAAUAAAUGAAAUUCAGUGCAAAAAUUGACCUCAUUUAAAAAAGCUACAAAUUUCAAAUACAUUUUUUUUUAUGUAUAAAUGUCCGUUAACGAUUGAAUCGUAAAUUGUCAAAUUGAACUGAAUGCAACGGUUUUGUGCACAAUUUAGACUGGUAUUUCUUAUGGUUAUUCAUAAAACAGUUCAUGCAUAAAUUGUUUUGGUUUUGCAAACAUUUUAACCAGAAAUGUGUUCUGCUCAUUUGUAAAAGCAUUUUCGCUGAAGGUUUUGCUCAUGUUUCACAAAUGAGGCCCAAUAUUGGUCUUUAUUUUUAAAUUUAAAGGCCUUUUUGCUUUAACAUUUUGCACCUAGCUAAAAAUUGCACUUUUUAUAUUUUUCUGUUCCUUGUUAGUCAAAUAAUGUCUUGUUGGUUCUUUAAUUUGCACUAAGUUUGAUAUGUUUGUUCACUAAAUAAUUUUAUUAAUGUUUGAGCCAAAACGUCAUUUCAACAUCUCGCAUUCAGUCCAAAAUCUUGAACAGUGACCUAUUCUUGUUCCGUGGAAAAAUACAGUGGUACCAAAGUGUUACUGUAUUAAAAGUUUAUUGUAAUAGCCAAUUGUAUUACAUGUAUACAGGACCCAGGUUAGUUUGGGAAGUAUCUUAAUGAAAAUCUAUUCAAAAGCCCAUGUGUUUGCUGCUGUGAGUAAAUAUGAAGCAAUAACAACUAUGUGCUACUCUGCCACAAGAAUUAAAUGACUUGAAUGCACUGACCUUAAGUAUAUCACGUUGAAUGAAUGAACAAACUUGAUUUUGUGUGGUUGCUUAUGAGAUAUAAUAUUAAGUUUAUAACUUUUCCUUUGAUCCUGCUGACAAUGUGUCCACUUGAGCUUAUUGUUGUAAAAUUACUGAAUUGCCUUUUUUAUUCAGGGGCUUUUGAUGCACUAUUUGAGAAAAUGUACAUAUAUAAUUUCUUAUCGUUAUGUAAAUAUAUGUAUCUGAAUUAAAGAUAUUUCGACUGUC